AUGAUAAUAAGAACAGUAUUAGGCUUAAUUACAAAAUGGUUACUUGUACAGCCAAUUCAUAAUGGACUGAUUGAUAAAUGUAGACGAGAAGAUUUAAUAUUUUACAAAAGAAAUUCAAUAUGUAAUUUACUUGAUUUGCAAGAUUUUAAUAUCUUAAGAUUUUCAGUAGCAUGUUAUUUUUUUUUAUUGAUUUUCAUUAUUUUCUCAAAAAGAACUUCAUCGAUGAAAAAUAAGUUAAAUGGAUAUGUUGCAGCUGUUGUACCAGUGAACAUUUUCAUUCAUGUAAAACGAAAAUUUACUGCUGUUAUAUUUGCAAUCAUUGCUGAUGAACGUUUACGUAUUGUAAAUCAAGUUAUCAAUGAAACUUCAGUAAAAGUAGAUGGAGUCAUUGUGGCUUAUUUAUUACAAACAGUAGAAGUAUUUGUUAUUGGCGUUCGUUUUACAAUAGUUAAUCACAGUUUAUGUCAAAGUGACUUUUAUCCAUCAGAUAAUGAUUUUAAUGCAGCCAAUGGAACAUACAUGAAACGGUUAUUUCAAUAUUAUGUUCAAUCGUGUAUACUUAUAGUGUCACUUCUAGAUGGAUUACAAACUACCCUUCAAGCAUUGAUUGAUGCCGUAUCAUCAGUCGGCCAAGAUGGGUCUAAACAAUCUGAAGUUCUCUUUCCAAAUCUAAUUCGUUCAUUUGUUAUUGCUAUAUUAACAGCAUGUGUCAUAGCAGUGAUUCAAAUACUCGUUUUAUUAGCAAAUAUUUUCCGUAAUUUUCAUUUUGCAGCCUUUUUCAUUGCCUAUCUUAUAUGGGGUUAUGUUUUAAUUGCUCUAUUUACAUGGAUUAUUUAUAUGGCUAUUGAUUCAUCUAUCACGUAUGGUAGUGUAAGACUGAUUGAAAAAGUUCUAAAACUGAUAAUACCAGUAUUAUUAUUAUUAUUAUUAUUAUUAAUAUUUUUUAAACAGUAUAUUGAUAAAAUUUUAGCAAGAUUUGUAUUUUUACAAGAUUAUGAAAAUAUAUUAGCAAUAGAUAAUCGACGAAUAUUAAUGAUAUUUUUAUACUUCAAUUUUUUUCUUGAUGUAUUCCUUGUUCUCAUAUCAUCAAUAGUGAGUAUUAUUAUAAGUAUUAUUGGUGGAAUUUUACAUAUGUCUCGUCUUGAUUAUUCACCUAUGGGUAGAAAAGUUGAAACAUUCGAUGCAGGAUUUCAAGCUUAUUGCGAUUCUAUUCACAUGGAAGCAGCACACCGAAACCCAAUAAUGUUAACGUUUUCAAGUAGUUUAUAUGGGUGUAUCAAAAUUAAACAACAUUCAGUGAAACACAUGAUAAUAUCAACAAGAGCUAAUGAAGAACUAGGCAAAGAUUAUUCAUCGACAGCAAUCAAAAAAUUAUAUUUAAUAUUAAUUUUAUUGCGAAAUCCAUCAUUAGUAGUGUUAAGAACACAUGCAUUUAAUAGACUGAAGGAUAAAAAAAAUCAAAAUUUUAAAUGA